GGUACAAGGUCGGGAGCCUCGAGACGGGGGUCAAUGCAGACGGGGGUCAGCCAGGGCGCCAGAUCCUGCAGGAUCCUGCGAAGACCCCCUCUGGCUGACCCGGGUUAGCGAGCCGCUCGUGGCCGCGAGGCGGCCGCGCGUAUUGGCUGACCCGGGUUUGCGAGGGUCUGCGUUGCAUUUUUUUUCCUGCAUCGCAGUUUUUGAAUUCCUGCUGACCCGGGUCUGGAUUGACCCGGGUCAGAAGAUCCCCGACAAGAGAUUUUGUGCAAAAGGUCCGUAGCCAUUUUGGCUCAAGGCAUUUUGGCCCACGUCGCUGCAGCACUGCAUAAGGCGCCCUGUAGUGCUUCCGUGCCCCUCUUGCGCAAGAGCAGGACGCAGGGUGGAUGGCGACGGUGGAGGAUCGCUUGGCCGCGGUGGAGGCGCAGCUGGCGGCGCUGUCGGCCAGCGCGGGCGACGCAGAGGCUGGUAGCAAGAAGCCCGGCUCUGCGGGCAGCAGCGACGCACAGAUUCUGAAAAAGGUGUCGACGAGGUUGCAGGACUUCGAGGCCCAGCUCACGGCCCAGCUGAGCAACAUGCAGGGCGACUUUGACAAGAAGCUCUCGCACGUGAGCCGCGGCGCCUCCUCGAUGAAACCGCUCGACGCGGGCGGGCAGUCCGCGGGCAUGGACACCAUGGCCGAGGACUUGGACCAGCUCAAAUUCGACGUUGGUGAGCUCAAAGAUCUCCUCAACAACAACAAGGGCGAGGUCAACCACGUCCGCCGCAUCGUGCUGGCUUGCGAGCGCGACAUGGAGGACUUCACUGCUGCCAUGGAUGCUGUCAACGUCGACUUGGACGAGAUGCGUGCGCGCGUGGAUGCCACGCACUCCAUCAUUACAAGCCGCCAGCGCGUGGAAGCCACCAUGACAGCUGAGAUCUCCACCAUGAGGCUGGACAUCGGUGACAUUCAGGAAGCCCUCAAGAACCAUGACUCUUGGAUGGAGGAUGUUUCAAACACCCUGCAGCAGAUGCAGGAGAAGGAGGAGAACUUAACGGAGGACAUCAUCAACCUGAAGAACGAGAUGAACACCAAGCUCGACACAAAGGUGGACAACGUGGCCUGGAAGGAGGCUAACGACGACCUGGACGCGGCGGUCAAGACCGUAAGAGACAUGGUCUCCUCCCUGCGACUCGACGUGGACGCGCGUCGCCGGAAGGUGGACGAGAUUCUCGCAACGAUCAGGCACGAUAUUACCGCCGUCGAGACCAACCUGGAGGAGUCGAAGGCGAAGAUCACGAGCGACACCGACCAGGCCGUGAACGCGCUCAACGGCAGGAUCGAUUUCACCAACAAGGAUCUGGCAGCCACCCAGGAGAGCCUGCACACCACGCAGAACUCGCUCAGUGACUGCUUCAACGAGGUGGCCGUGGUCAGGAGCGACCUGGAGCGCAACGUGGCCGACACCGAGGCCCGCCUCAAGAACGACGUGCGUCAGAAGCAGCAGGAGGCUUUCGAGAAGAUCGCGUCGGUGGAGCAGCAGGCCGAGCUCCGCAGCGCCGAGGCCUCGCGCCGCCUUGGCGCACUGGACCUGCGCAUGAGCGGCGUGCAGGGUGGCCUCGGGGAGCAUAAGCGCGACAUUCUGAAGCUGCGCGAGGAGGUCAACGGCCUCACUGUCAAGAGCGCGUCCCACGAGGUGGACAUCCAGAAGAACAGCGACGCCAUGCGCAAGAUGGAGAAGCAGCGCAACAUGGACGAGCAGAACUGGAAGGCGCAGAUGGACGCCGUCCACGACGUGCUGGACACCAAGGUGAACGAGAAGCCGUUCGAGGACCUCAAGCACUGCACGGCCUCGCUCACCAAGGGCGUGGUCAAAUUCGCGCAGGUCGUCGGCGUCUUCCCCGGCCCCAAGUUCGACGACGCGGAGGGCGGCGACCAGGGCGAGGCAGACGUCGAGCUGCUGGGCUGGGAGGAGUGCGCGGAGAACAUGUCCUUCCGCGUGGACAAGGCGUGGCGCCAGAGGUGCUCGCAGCGCUUCCGCAACGUGCUGGACAUGGUUGCCAAGAAGGCGGACCACAGCGUGCUGCGCCUGCUGCAGAUCUCUCAGCAGCACAUCGAGUCGCAGCUGGAGCGCGUCAAGCACGAGCGCGAGCUCUGGAAGGAGGUGGUGGAGCGCCGCCAGCAGCAGCCGAUGCAGCUGGCGCUGGGCGCGAAGGACUCCGGCGGCGCGGGCAGCCCUCCCAGCGCCAGGGCGCUGCGCGGCUGAGGGCGGGCCCGGCGCUCCCGCGCUGCGCUGCUUCGCCCUCCGACCUCACGGGGCGGUGCGGGCGGACUGGAGCCUCACCCUUGCGGGCUGCAGCGCCGACAGGACUUCCGACGAGAGCCUCACCCUUGCGGGCUCCAGUUCCGACGAUCUUCGGUCGUCCGAGCUAGCCCGACCUCUGCCUAGGGUCCGACCGAAAGCUGGACGGACCCCGGGGCCCCUCGCUUGCGGGCGCGCGUGGCCGAGGCCGUGGUGCUGGGAGCGGCGGCUCCGCCAAAAAAAGUUUUGUGGGUUUGCAAGUGAUUCGGGCGUGCAGUACAUUCUGGUGCGCAGAUGUAUUGCUGAGUUUUCGCGUGCAGUGCAGUAGUCGCAAUACAAUGCAACACAGACCUCCGGCGCAACACACGCGCAAAACAAUUGCCCCAAAUCUAGGGCACCCGCUUCUUUCAGCUUUACCCCCUUAUAGGUCAACCAAUGACAGCGGGGCGCGAGCGCGGCGAGAG